AUGCCACACUUCAGUCCUCUCUUCACCAAACAGAACAUGCCCUGCUCCUUCGACCUUUCCUCAUAUCUUCGUAAUCUCAACCAGGCCCAAGGCAACACGGCUGGCUCUUCAGGUGUUGCUGGAUGGGAAUGCCCAUCAGCCCCAGCUGGGAUAGCCAAUGGAGGGAGGGAGGCGGAGGAGGAGGAGCUGGUUGGCGCGCUGUGUGUCUGGCUCUCCGGGGUGGAUGCUGGUGGAGGCGAGGCGGUGGUGGCGAGGCUCCUGGGCCGGGAUGGCCGCCCUGCCGCUGCCCCCGCGGCUCCCCUGCUCCUGCUCUUUUGCCCGGGGAGCCUCGGCAACCGGCACGCCGUCCACGGGAACAGCUCCAACCCGCACUUGCGACGGGAGGGCUACACCGUCCAAGUGAACGUCAACGACUACCUGGACAUCUACUGCCCGCACUACAACGCCUCGGUGCCAGAGGGGCGCAUGGAGCAGUACAUCCUCUACAUGGUGAACCAUGAGGGCUACCGGACAUGCAAUAUCAGCCAGGGGUUCAAGCGCUGGGAGUGCAACCGCCCCCACGCCCCACACAGCCCCAUCAAGUUUUCAGAAAAGUUCCAGCGGUACAGCGCCUUCUCACUGGGCUACGAGUUUCAUGCUGGCCACGAGUACUACUACAUAUCAACUCCAACGCACAACCACCGCCGGGCCUGCCUCCGAAUGAAGGUGUUUGUGUGCUGUGCCUCUCCAUCGCUCUCUGGGGAGAAAGCAGUUCCGACCCUCCCGCAGUUCACUAUAGGGCCAGAAGUGAAGAUCGAGGACUUGGAUAAUUUUAAUCCUGAGAUGCCCAAACUGGAGAAGAGCAUCAGCGGAACCAGUCCCAAGCGGGAACACUUACCCCUGGCUGUGGCUGCUGCACUCUUCCUCAUGACGCUCUUGGCCUCCUAGCCGUGAGGGACGCCAUGGGAGGGGGCCGAGCAACACCACCCACCAUCCGCCUGCCCCUCACGGGUUCAGCCAUUCUCCCUCAGACCUUCCUUGGCAUUUGCGGAAAAGGACAAAAAUGACAACCCCAAGAGCAACGUUUAUUUAAAAACAAGAUACCAAACCUGAAACACUCAAAGAGAGGCAGCUUUGAGGUGUGAUGUUGGAGUGAGGGAGAAACAACCUGAUGGUGGUGAGGGAACAUCGAUGAACUUUUCCAGGCUGGUGCCACUCCUGGCCUCCUCCCACACGUACCCCCAGCUAAGGAAAACAUUGCAACUGCUUCUGUAUUUCCCUCUCCCUCUAGUUCGUCUUUCUCAUCUGCCCUGAGUUGCCCUGGGAGAGAGUUUUAGAUCAGGUGUUACCCUCACGUCACCCCAUUCUGUGUGGACUUUGGUGGGUGAGGUAGGUUCGAUGCCCUGGAGAGGGGCAAAAAAGGCAUUUUCAUCACCCCAGCCUUGGGACACCUGUGCCUGGCAAUACCCAAAGGACUACGUCUCUCUGCCACAGCAAUAGGCCACCUGCCCGCCUUUUCCAGUGCCCACCUGCAAAGGUCCAGAGGAGCAGACUGCCCACAAGAACUGCAUGUGGUGCCAACUGUCUCUUUUUGCAGCCUGGCAAACACACACAGAAAAUUGUGAGGGAGAUCCAUAACCUGCUUUGAAAGGGAUGCCCUGAUCUCAGAAGGGUCAGUACCCCAAUUUGUGAGGGGAGAGGGGUGGACACCAUCCCCCUGGUGGCACCCAAAUUAGUAAGGAGGGGAUGUGGUACCCUUGGCCCUAAACCUGGGCUGCCGUGUACAUAUCUCAAUGUGUUCUGUACAGAGAGAGUCUCUAUUAUUCCGUGUCUAUAGAUUAUAUGAACCUGUUCUUGUAGAAGUGGGCUCGGGGCGGGCACCGGCCUGCCUGGUCAAGCCAGAGGUGUUUUCUUUUCCGUUCUUUUUGGGGCAUUUCCCUCCCCUUUGUCUUCUGUGAAGACCAGACCUAUGCAAGACGCACGGACACUUUUUUCUUUCUUUCCCGGGGUGAGGGUUGGGGGGCAAAAGAGGAUUAAACGAACCCACAUGGACAAACACAAGCAGAGGACCUUUGGGGGGUCGGGGGGGCUGUUUCUCCUUGUGAUUUUUUUUCUUCUUCCCCAAGAGCUUUGGCUGGCGAUUUUCAUAUACUUGCUCUUAGUCUAUUAAAAACAAAAAUUAAAUAAAAGGUGGAUAAAAAACAGCAACCCACAAA